CACCUUUUAUUUCCAUAAAUGAGAAAAUGUGCUAAAAACCCCAAAACAAACCCCUCUUCUGCUCUCCUUGCUGAACUGAAACGUCAUUAAUGGUUGAUAGUUUGAGAAAAAAAAUUUUUAAUACAUCUUUCUGUCAAGAUAGGUAGUAACUUUGAUAUGCUUGCUAUGCAUAUAAGUGAACUUGGCUAGUUAGUUGAUUAGCUCAAUUCCUAAUCAUUGGAAAUCCCCUGCCUUCCUGCAACUUAGGCCACAGAAUCAAAUGUGUCAAUUGCAUUAUUUGAGGAACUGCACUACCACUGCAGGAUGACUUCAAAACCCAGAAUUUUUGUGUUCUCAAUAAUUCCCAAGCUUGGAGAUAUUAUUCAACAAAUGCUCCCACAAGAAAAUAUUAAGAUUGUAAAAUUUCAAGCUGAAAUGAGCCAGAAGUACGGCCAUGUCAUUUCUGAAGAAGAAAUUAAUCAGCUAAAGGAGGCUGAAGUUUUAUUAGCUGACAGCAAUGCAUUUGUACAGUUUGCAGAUAGAUUGCCCCAUUUGAAGUGGUUCCAAAGUACAUGGGCUGGGGUUGAAGGCCUGAUGCAACACUUCCAACACAAGAAAGCCCCACCUUAUUUCAUGAGCCGCUUGGCCAGUGAUUCAUUCAGUCAGUUGAUGAGUGAGUAUGUCGUGGGACAGAUCAUAGCGCAUGAGAGAGGCUGGGGAGAAGCUGCAUCUAAGCAAGCUAACUGUGUGUGGUACCACAGUGGACGGGUGGCAACUUACAGGAGCCUCAGAGAUAUAACUGUGGCUUUACUUGGUUUUGGACAAAUUGGUCAGGAAAUUGGACGAGCUUUGAAGAGCUUCAAGUGUCAUGUGCUGGCGUACUCUCUCACGGCUCACUCUCCUACUGGACUGCAUCAAUGUGCGGAUGCUCAUUACCAUGGUGACAGCCUUGCCACUGUUAUGAGUGAAAGUGACUACAUCGUCAGCUGCCUGCCUAGCACUCCUCUCACGGCUGGACUGCUCUCUGCAGCUAUCCUGCAGCACGCCAAGAAUGGCAGUGUGUUGAUCAACAUUGGCCGCGGCAACGUGGUGUCUGAGGACGACUUACUCGCCGCGCUCGACGCCGGCCCUCUGGCGGGCGCUGUCCUCGACGUCUUCCAGGAGGAGCCUCUGCUGCCCUCGUCACUGCUCUGGACGCAUCCUAAGGUUGUGGUCACGCCGCACUGCGCAGGCGUGAGCCGAGCCAGCGAUGUCGCCAAAGCGUUUGUCCAGAACUACGGACGCUUCGCCGCGGGUGAAAAGCCUCAGUUUCUGCUCGACUUUUAUAGAGGAUAUUGAACUAUACGCUGAGCUAAUGACAGAUGCUGGAGAUGCAUUGAAUGUCUCAAGAAAGUUGUCGUUUAGUUCGUAUUCAUUAAAUCAUUAUACCAUCACUUCUGACUGAAGAUUGGCAGAGCUGCAGUGGUGCAGUGGCGAGAGACUGAGAGUUCACUAAGAGACAAGUUCUUCAAGUCGCAAGUUGUCACUAAGACAAGUUCUGAGAAUAUCAGCUCAUGGCCAACUUAGUUAUUCGUGCAGUUCUGAUUGAUAAAUGAGUACCUGGCUUGUCCAGGGUGUUAAAUGCAAACCAAAAUGGUUCUGGCGGGUCAGCGAGCCAACGAUGGUCGUAGACCCAUCCACUUUUUCAAUACAGCUGACUAUUUCAAUACAGCCUUGACUACUGACGCCGGCCUUGACUGACGCCUUGAAAAACUGACCUAUCACCCCCUCUCUAGUCGUCAGGACCAGUAUGAGCAAUUACAACGGCAACAACUGAAGAUUAGCCUCACGCGUACUCAAGAGGAACCUGAAGUGAUGACAUGUUUUACACAAAAAAGAACGAACACCAAAGAAACUUCUGUCCAAAUUCACGCGAGCGAAUCUGAGAUGAUAGGUGAGCUAGAAUUCAAAAAGAAGCUCACGAAGCAAUUUAAGUGCUGCCGAUCUUAUGGGUCAUAUUAUUUGACCGCCUGAUCUCUGAUGCUUUCGACGCUACACAUCAACUUCUCGCUAGUUAAAAUACAUUAUGGAAGUGCUUACCAACAAGAGAUCUUAACGACUCUAAAUGUGAGCUAAUUUCAUCAUUAGAACGAAAACAAGUUCUAAGUGCUUCACCGUUUUCUGUGCCCUAUGUUGGUGGCCACGAGACGAACAAUGUGACGUUUGCACGAAAAUUGCUGUUCAACUUACUGGGUCAAAUAGGCGACGGUUUCUGAAGGGCUGUAGUAACUAUGUUGCCACUUCUAGUCAAUUCUAGAUCCCCGAAAAUUAUCAGGAAAUUGCCUUUCGUAAUUAUUCUUGUAUUGCAGAAAGACCGAAGAUGUUUUCAUGGCUUAGUGCACUAAUUUGAGAAGUCGAUAAUUCUUGUACACUUGGAAAUGAAAUGGCCAGAAUAAUUGAAACCGAUUUGUAGACGUUAUAAUCAUAAUGUUGGAGUUCUUUAUAAUGAAGUCCUUUAUUUCCCAGUUUUAUGGAAGUAAACUUUUGGAUAUUUUUUUCGAGUUUAUAGAGAAAUUAUCUUGAACUAAAUCUUUUUGCUUCCGAAGCACACCCCAUUUGCCGAUUCUGUUGAUUUUUUGUUUGAAAGCUUAUUUACUGUAGUAGCGUGGGUGACAAGCAUGCCAGACGAUGUGAUAAGAGAGCACUUGAAGUGUCUGUUUAUGCGUUGUAAAUAAUGUUUUCAUUAUCAGGAAUUUAUAUGAAUGCUUUAUGAUGA